UUCGGCAGUAAUACAGCAUAGUAAAACCAUUUGCUGCACCCAAAUCAGCUUUGAUUUAAUUUAUUAAACUUGACUAAAUAUAGCAAACGUUUUGAAAGUGAGUUGGUAAACUCUGGGUUGAAGCUGCAUGGGGCUUUAAUUCUUGAUGGUGGAUUUUUAUAUCUGUCAACAAUUUAAGGAUUUCUUUUAAUGUUUUGGAAAGUGGACUUCCUACAUACGGUGAUACAAUUAUAUAAAACACAAAUCAAAAGUAAAAUGGAUGGCAGUGCCUUGACAGUGUCGAAGUUUUUAAUCUGAUUCGUGAUUCUUUUGUUUGUCAUAAAACUUUUUAAGCAUUACAGCAGUGGGUAUGUGCUUUAAACAUUGUUUUGUUAUCUGCAAUAUAGUGUAUUUAGAUAAUAAACAAAACUAACCACUUCUGUGUUUGUUCAUGUGUGACGUGAGGAUGAUGGAAGUUGAUAUUGGUCGUCAUAGUGUGCUAUUAACGCGCUGCGAUGGAAAAUAUAGCGCCAUUUCAAACCAGUGUUCACACUAUGGCGCUCCGCUUAGCAAAGGCGUUAUUUCAGGACACAAAGUGCGCUGCCCGUGGCACGGCUCCUGUUUUAAUGCUCUGACAGGAGACCUGGAGGAGUUUCCUGGGAUCGACUCUCUACCUUGUCACAAGGUCAAAAUUCAAAACAGCAAAGUGUAUGUGUCCAUAAAUAAAAAGGACAUCCGGCAUCAGAAAAGGUUGCAGCGAAUGGGAGCUGCAGUACCAGGAGUGAACCACACAGUUUUACUGCUGGGAGGAGGAGCUGCUUCACUGAUCUGUGCUGAGACGCUGCGGCAGGAAAACUUUGGCGGCAGAAUCAUCAUGGCCUCCAGAGACGACCUCUUACCUUACGACAAAACCCGACUCAGCAAGGUAAUGAAUGUGUUGAGUGACACUAUUGUGCUGAGGAGGAUGGAGUUUUUCCAUCAGUACGACAUUGAGGUUUGGCUCCGGAAAGAAGCAGUAUCGGUGGACACAGAGAAGAAGACGGUCACUUUUGAUGAUGGUUUAGUGCAGAGCUACGACCAGCUGCUUCUCUCUACUGGCUGCAGAGCGAAGGGUCUGGAUGUGCCGGGGAGGAAGUUGGACAACAUUAAGAUGUUGGAGACUCCAGAAGACGCCCGACAAAUCCACGCUGCCUCUCUAGGCUGCAACAUCGUCCUUGUGGGAACUUCCUUUGUCGGAAUGGAGGUGGCGUCGUACAUGAUAGACAAAGCGUCCAGCAUCACGGUGGUGGGGAGCAGCGACAUGCCGUACCAAAACACUCUGGGCCUCGAGGUCGGGAAAAUCACCAUGAUGAUGCUGUUGGAGAAAGGUGUGAGAUUUUACAUGAAUGAUCACGUGAUAGAAAUUAAAGGCGUUAAUGGAAAGGUGAAAGAAAUCGUACUUAAAAGUGGUCAUGUUAUCCCAGCUGACGUUUUAAUUGUGGGUAUUGGCAGCAUCCCAAACUCAGAGUUUCUGCAAGGCACUAAAAUACAGAAGAACUCCAAAAAUUAUGUUGUUGUUGACAAGUACAUGCGAACAAACGUCCCGGAUGUUUUCUGUGCUGGUGACCUGGCCUCCUUUCCUCUGGCACUGGCUAAAAACCAGUUAGUCAACAUCGGACACUGGCAGAUGGCACAAGUACAAGGGAGGAUAGCUGCUCUCAACAUGCUAAAGAAAACAACUGAACUCACCUCAGUUCCUUAUUACUGGACCAUCCUACAAGGCAGAACCAUCAGAUAUGCAGGUUAUGGGGAGGGAUACACUGAGAUAGUAAUGAAAGGAAACUAUGAGUUUGAGGAGAGGAAGUUCCUGGCCUUGUAUAUCAAGAAUGAUGAGGUCAUAGCAGCGGUGGGCCUGGAUUAUGAUCCUGUGGUGUCUGCUGUGGCCGAGAGGCUCCUAUCAGGGAAAGUCAUCACAAAGAAAGAGGCUCAGUCGGAUGAUCCCAGUUGGCUUCAGGUUUCCUGAUCUGCAUUAAAGCAGUCUGAAGAUUAAAAUAUCAGAGGACUUCACACCUUCAUGUUUCUGUGUUCUGGUGGUGGAAAACUAUUCACAGCAGGGAGCCCAACACAACUGAUACCUCAAAUAGAUGCAGCUUUAGGUCUUUUUUAGUCCAAAAUGCUGUUUUUUUUAACUUAAUAAACUCUGUGUACAGGA